CUCCCGCCCCUCCCCGCCCCUCGGCCGGUGCCGGCGGAGGGGAGUUUCCAGGAAGUGGCCAUAUUGGAUCCAUUCAGCCGCAGCCACUCGGGGCGGGCAGAGCCCCGCGCCGCGCUCAGCUCCGGCCAUGGCCGCCACCGACCUGGAGCGCUUCUCGAAUGAAGAGAAGAGGAAUCUUUCCCUCGGGGGCCAUGUCGGCUUUGACAGUCUCCCGGAUCAGCUGGUCAGCAAGUCUGUCACGCAGGGCUUCAGCUUCAACAUCCUCUGUGUGGGUGAGACCGGCAUUGGGAAAUCCACACUAAUGAAUACACUUUUCAAUACCACGUUUGAGACUGAAGAAGCCAGCCACUACGAGAGCACGGUUCGCUUGCGGCCACGGACCUACGACCUGCAGGAGAGCAACGUCCACCUGAAACUAACCAUCGUGGACGCGGUUGGAUUUGGGGAUCAGAUAAACAAAGACGAAAGUUACAGGCCGAUAGUUGAGUACAUUGAUACGCAGUUUGAAAAUUAUUUGCAAGAAGAGCUGAAAAUCCGCCGUUCUCUGUUCAACUAUCAUGACACGAGGAUCCAUGUCUGCCUGUACUUCAUCACUCCAACUGGGCACUCCCUCAAGUCCUUGGACCUGGUGACAAUGAAGAAACUGGACAGCAAGGUGAACAUUAUCCCGAUCAUUGCCAAAGCAGACACCAUCUCCAAGAGUGAAUUGCACAAGUUUAAGAUAAAGAUCAUGAGCGAGCUGGUCAGCAAUGGCGUGCAGAUCUAUCAGUUCCCCACCGACGACGAAGCCGUGGCUGAGAUCAACUCUGUGAUGAAUGCUCAUCUGCCCUUCGCUGUGGUUGGCAGCACAGAGGAGGUGAAGGUGGGGAACAAGCUGGUGAGAGCUCGGCAGUACCCAUGGGGAGUGGUGCAAGUUGAGAAUGAAAGUCACUGUGACUUUGUGAAACUGCGAGAAAUGCUGAUCCGAGUCAACAUGGAGGAUCUUCGGGAGCAGACCCACACCCGCCACUAUGAGCUGUACCGGAGGUGCAAACUGGAGGAGAUGGGCUUCAAGGACACAGACCCAGACAGCCAGCCCUUCAGCCUGCAAGAAACCUACGAGACCAAAAGAAAAGAAUUCUUGGGUGAGCUCCAGAAGAAAGAGGAAGAAAUGAGACAAAUGUUUGUUAACAAAGUCAAGGAGACGGAGGCAGAGCUGAAGGAGAAGGAGAGAGAGCUGCAUGAGAAGUUUGAGCACCUGAAGAGGAUACACCAGGAAGAGAAAAGGAAGGUGGAGGAGAAGAGGAGGGAGCUGGAGGAAGAGAUGAACACCUUCAACAGGCGGAAAGUAGCGGUGGAAACCUUGCAGUCCCAAUCCUUGCAGGCUACCUCACAGCAGCCGCUGAAGAAGGACAAAGACAGGAAAAACUUUUUUAGUCUCCCCAGUGCGUGCUCCAUAACAACAGGAAGAUAUGUUAAUUAGAAGAUUUAUUAAGGCCAAAACAUCUCAUGCAGAAGAAAUUAAUUGGUGCUUUCACCUUUAAGCUUGCAAUAUAUUGCACAGAAGAGAUUGUGUAGCAAGGACUAAGAUGCACUGAUUGAUUGGGAAAAGCUUGCUUGAUCAGGUCUCUUGAUAAAGUUGAAAUCCAAGGUAUUUGCCAAAAGAUAACCUGCUAAUUAUGGCUGAUGCGUGGCUUAACUGAAACCAAACACUAAUCUCUGGGUGAGGGCCUGGCCGAAGCAUUUAACACCGUGACCAAACUUCCCAGGGGAGAGGAACAAAUUUGUGUGAGCAGAGAAGCGCUCAGCGCGCUGCUUGAGCUGCCGCUGUGAUGGGAUUUCAUUUGUUCCUCUCCUUGUCUGGUUUGGGAUGUCACCUGAGAGCCUCUGACCGUCCUUAACGCUAUCGCUGGAGUCUAACGUUUCUUAGCAAUAAGCAAUAACUUUUCUGUAGCUUUGUUCUGCGGACUUACAGGUGUUAUAACCCAAAUCCCUGACCCCCAGUUUCAGCUUUCCCGGGGCCAUGCCCCCCGUGCCUCGCGGUGUCUGCCCUUCCCAGCGCUCAGCACCGCAGGCGCCCGGCUCUGCUCCUGCCCUGGGGCUGGGGGUGCUGGGCGAGCACGGUGCCAUCUUAAAGGACAGCUCCUUGUGCCCUCCUGACGCAGGGCAAGCAGUUCAAAGCUGGAGCCUGGGCUGGCUUCUGUGUUUGUGACGUACACUGACUUCCCUCUUUACACAAACACUUGUUGAAACAAACACAAAAGCGCAGUGCUUGUGCCCGGUCUGACGUCACACGGGACCAGGGAGGCCCGAGUUCAUCUUGAUUUUAAACAAACCUGUAAACGAAUCUCAGGAAUGACCUGCUUGUACCGAGGCUGGGUUUAAUA